AUUUAAGUUGGUAGUUGAAAAUAUUUAGUUUCUUAACUUGAUAUAUAAAAGAAUAAAAAAAUGUCUUCCGCAAGCCACAGAUAUUAGCUUAUUUCAAAGAAUAUACGGAUUGGUCGCUUAUUUCGUUUUUAAAGUUUAGAAAAUACGCCAAUAACUUCACAGAUAAAGCUACUGAACAUUUUAAUGCAGAACAGCACUCGAAAGAAUUAUUUUUUAUAUGAUUCAAAUCACGUUAAAGCUAAGGAGGGUCUCAUUAGUUUUGAAUAUUUACUAAUAUUAUUUUUAUUUGGGGACGAGAAAUCAUCCAAGCCAGUAGAGAAAUUUUGGAUAACAACCAAAAUGGAACCUACCAAGUUGGAUUAUUCUAUGUACGCGUUGAAUCAAACCAUUCAUGAAAAAAAAGAGUUGUUCAGUUACCAAAAUAAUAAUUCUGAUGAGAAUCCGAAGUCACUGGAUUAUGAUCAUGAUGAAAGUGAUGAGAUAGAUAAUUUCUUUAAAAGUUCCUCCGAAAAAAAAUCGUCCAGUCUGUUUUUGCAAAAAACGGACAACUCAUCCAAGAAACGGCGGAAACCAAGCAAUGAACGGGGUUCCAACGGAGCGGAUGGCGAGAAAGACAAGGCUUACAACUCACUUCCCUUCAUAAUACAAGCGAUAUCGAAAGUCAGAAUCCUUCACCAUUGUUGAUAUCAUCACAGCUUGAAGAUUUUCGGGAAUCCCACAAAAUUCUUUUCGAAUAUUGUGAACGACUGCAAGUUGAAUCACUUUUACAUUCAUGAGUUAUUGAUCUUGACGAUCGGGAAGCAAAGUCGUUAUUUACAACCGAAGAAUGGAAUGAAAUCAAGCGUGCAGUCAAAAAAUUUCCAGAGGUUAAUCAUAAUUUUGCAGAUUCUAUGAUGCGAUUUUCGAAUGUUAAAACAACAAAUGAUCUGAGGCGAGUCUUAAAAACAACAUCCUUUCUAAAUGAGAACAUUGUAAUAUUUUUCUAAGUAAAUCAAUAUAUUAGUUAUUAUUACAUUAAUAAAAAGGAAACAAAUAAAUACUUCUUAGUUCUUACCAAAUAUUUAUUGAACUUCUAAAACUC